UGCAGUCUUGACUUCUUGCUCCCUGCCCUCUUCUACGGUGCAGGUCAUACUGCAGGUACCAUAACUUACAUUACCUGUGAUGGGAUUUGCCCCCACUAAAAUGACCAGUGGCUGGAUUUACAAGCUAAGAAAGCUCAGGAGCUUUAUGACUCUUGCGUCACAGUUAUUAGUGCCCACUAGGAUCCCCUUACCCUGUAAGCCACUACCUUCUGUUACAGAAGAGAGGGUGGGAACUGUCUCCACAGAGGAGCUUUGGAAAUGUCUCAGUAAGGACUGCACUGCUGCAUCAUCUUGAAGCCACCUUUACUGCUCUGCUGUACCCGUCUGAGAGGAGCAUUUUUGUGCAGCUACAGCAGGAAUCCUUCAUCCAAACUUGGACAACAUGGCAGACAAAGACAAUGUAGAGAAGUUCCUCGACAACAACCCACAGUUUGCUCAUGAGUACUACGACAAGAAAAUGAAGGCAGAUGUGAUCACUGCUGCCUUCAACAACAAGGUCCAGCUCAAAGAUCCAGCCUCUUACAAGGAUGUCACCACCAUCCAGGAGGCCGAGUUCAUGUUUGAACUCAUAAAGGAGAUGCAGGGCAAAGAACCGGUGGAGAAAAUCCUGCACAAAGUUCUCCAAAGGAUUGCUCUGCUGAUCCAGGCUGAUCGCUGCAGCUACUUUGGCUACAGGGCUCGUAACGGAACACCUGAGCUGACCACGGUCCUCUUCGAUGUCACACACAAUACUCCAUAUGAGAAAAAUCUAGUGAAUCCCAAUGUAGAGAUUGUUUUCCCCACCGACAUGGGCAUUGUUGGAUUCACGGCACACUCCAAGAAGCCUCAGAACGUUGCUGAUGUUAAGAAGAACUCUCAUUUCAGUGACUUUGUGGAUAAACAGACCAAAUACACCACCAAAUGCAUGAUGACUGCUCCACUUAUAUAUGAAAAGGAACCCAUUGGUGUCAUCAUGGCACUCAACAAACAAGGAGCUGAUGAAUUUUCAAAGGGUGAUCAGGAGCUCUUCACUAAAUAUGUGAACUUUGCUGCUGUGGCCGCUCUCCAAUCGCACACUGCUUGCAUGUGGGAUAUAGAGUCCAGGAGAAGCCAGGUGUUGCUGUGGUCAGCCAGCAAAGUUUUUGAAGAGUUGACAGAUAUUGAGAGGCAGUUUCACAAAGCCUUGUACACAGUGAGGACAUAUAUCAAGUGUGAGAGAUACUCUGUGGGACUCCUGGACAUGACCAAAGAAAAGGAAUUCUUCGAUGAGUGGCCAAUCAAACUCGGAGAUCAGGAGCCAUAUAAAGGCCCCAAGACACCUGAUGGCAGAGAAAUCAGCUUCUACAAGAUUAUUGACUACUUGCUGGAAGGCAAAGAGGAGAUUAAAGUUAUUCCCGGCCCUCCUGCAGACCACUGGGCUCUGGUCAGUGGACUUCCAGCAUAUGUUGCUGAGAAUGGAUUUAUCUGUAACAUGAUGAAUGCUGCAGGAGAUGACUACUUCGCAUUUCAGAAAGAAGCAGUGGAUGAGAGUGGAUGGAAGAUUAAGAACGUCCUCUCCCUUCCCAUCGUCAACAAAAAGGAAGAAAUUGUUGGCGUUGCUACUUUCUACAACAGACUUGAUGGCAAACCAUUUGAUGAGAAUGAUGAACAAAUUACUGAAGCGCUGACGCAGUUCCUCGGCUGGUCCACUUUGAAUAGCGACACAUACGACAAACUGAACAGGACAGAGUGGAGGAAAGAAAUUGCCCAGGAACAGCUCAUGUACCAAACAACGGCCACUCCAGCUGACGUGCAGAGCAUUCUGAACACACAAGAGAAGUUUGGCUCUGCACCGGAGGACUGUGACCAGAAGGAGAUGUACAAACUGCUGAGAUCCACCAUCCCUGAAGCCAAGAACGUGGAGCUGCUUGAGUUCCGCUUCAGUGACUUCCCCUUGUCAGAAUUGGACCUCAUCAAGUGUGGCGUCCGCUGCUUCUUUGAGCUUGGAGUGGUAGAGAAGUUCAAAGUCCAGGCUGAGACCCUGACACGAUGGAUGUACACCGUGCGCAAAGGAUAUCGUGACAUCACCUACCACAACUGGAGGCACGGCUUCAACGUCGGACAAACCAUGUUCACUCUGCUGCUAACAGGUAAACUAAAGAAGUAUUACUCCGAUCUCGAGGCCUUUGCCAUGGUUGCUGCCGGAUUCUGCCAUGAUAUUGACCACAGAGGAACCAAUAAUCUCUACCAGACAAAGAGUUUAUCCCCUCUGGCAAAACUGCACAGCUCCUCAAUCAUGGAGCGGCAUCAUCUUGAGUACAGCAAGACACUGAUGGAAAACGAGAACCUCAAUAUCUUCCAAAACCUUCAGAAGCGUCAGUUCGAGACGGUGCAGCAUCUCUUUGAAGUUUGCAUUAUUGCCACUGAUCUUGCCCUCUAUUUCAAGAAGAGAACAAUGUUCCAAAAAAUUGUGGAAACUGUGGAGGGGAUGCCAGAAGAGAAAGACCGAAUCAACCACAUCUCCAACAAUCCAACCAGGAAGGAAAUUAUCAUGGCAAUGAUGAUGACGGCAUGUGACCUGUCAGCUAUUACAAAGCCAUGGGAGGUUCAGAGCAAGGUCGCUCUAAUGGUGGCAGCAGAAUUUUGGGAGCAGGGAGACCUUGAAAGGACAGUCCUUGACCAGCAGCCAAUUCCAAUGAUGGACAGAAAUCAUGCUGCUGAGCUGCCUAAGAUGCAGUGUGGUUUCAUCGACUUUGUCUGCGCCUUUGUGUACAAGGAGUUUGCCCGCUUCCACACAGAGAUCAGCCCCAUGUUUAACGGGCUGAAUGUCAACAGGGCAGAGUGGAGAGCUCUCGCUGAUGUCCACGAGGCUAAGAUCAAGGCUAUCGAAGAUGAGAAGAAAAAGUUGGAAGGUGGAGGAGAACAAGAUGCCGGGAAGUCAAAGACAUGCAUUAUCUGCUAGACCUCCGGGACCGCUGGGACAUUUCUGAUUGUUCGUCUGGAUGUGUAUUUGUACAGUGUGUGUAUGUGCAUGGCCAUGUGUUCACAGAUGAGGGAAAUCUAAUGUGCAAAAAUCUAUAAAUGAUUAUUUUUAUAUGCGGUAGUGUUUAGUUCUUCUUCUAUUUGGCACCAGUCUUGAGCACAUACAGUUUGCAUAUCAAACAAUGAAAAUAUUCAAUAUUUUUAUAUGUACUAAAAAGAUUUAAACUUUGAAUCAUUAUAACUGAAUAGAAAUAUUAGGCUGCAAAUACGAAGCAGUUUAAAAUGUUAAAUCUGAUCAUUUUGGGGUUCUAAAUAUUACAAUAAAAGCUCUUAUUUUGUAGAGAAAGAGCCUACUAAACAAAGUUACUUUUCUCUUUUUUUUUUAAACGGCAGGUAGCUUUUUGCUUUUAAAAUUUCAAGCAUAUGUCUGAGAGUGAUGUAAGAAGAUUUGACUGAAUUGGAUUUGGUCAUAAGCCACCUCGAGCCCAGAGGCUUUCCUUUCUAAGUCCCCUGCUUACAUAAAGUAAAAAUACUGCCAUCCUGUCCAUAAGUCAGUGUGUGCAGAGUAUAUGUGGCAUUUACAGGACAGGAAGGUGUAAUGUGGGAACAGUGUGCAGCACACGGAGUUAAACUGGAGAAAUGGCAUUGUAUGAGUGUGAAACGAAACAUUGAUUUUGAUGUGUUGUGAUUAUUUAAAACUAAAAUGUUAAGAUUUCUCAAAACAAGCUUGUGACAUGGGAAGCAGAACAAUGUCAGAUUUUAUUUUCCGACGCAGGUGUUUGUUAACACAAUAUCGCAGCAAUUGCAACACAAUUUGACCCAUGAAUGUAUAGCGUUAAAUACAUAAUUUUGUGUGCAAUAGCAUCAUGUAUAAGAUGUGAAAAAUGUCAAUAAAAUAU